AUGGAGCAUAAAGUAUGGUUAUCUUGGUUGUUGGUGAUGUCAACGAUAACUAUAUUUCUGGGCCUUGGAUCACAAGGGGUUUGUGUUGAAGAGGAACGAAAGGCGCUACUAGAAAUCAAAGCCUCGCUUAUGAAUACAUAUGAAUAUGGAGCAGAUGUCGUUCUUCGCACUUGGGUUGGUCAUGGAGAGUGUUGUGAUUGGGAGAGGGUCAAGUGUAACACGACCAUUGGGCGUGUGACAACCCUUUCUUUGCAGUAUCUCGACGAGAACUUGAAUGUUGGCUCGAUGGUUGAAUCCGAAGACAGUAUGAAAAAGUUAUGGUCUUUGAAUGUUUCUCUAUUUCUUCACUUUGAAGAGCUGAGAAGCCUCAAUUUAUCAUGGAAUUAUCUUGAUAAUCGGAUUCUAAACAAAGAGAUUAAAAAGUUUUCGAGUUUGAAGAAGUUAGAGAUAUUGGAUCUCAGUUCGAAUUCUCAAAUUGACAAUGCUAUCCUUCCUUCUUUGACUACAAUAACUUCACUUCGAGUUUUAGAUCUCAGCCACACUGGAUUUGAAGGACCCUUCCCUACCAAUGAACUUGAGGCUUUGGAAAACUUGGAAAUGUUGGAUCUAUCUAUGUGCGCCAUUAACGGUUUUAAAAGGGCUUUGAGAUUGAAUAAGUUGGAGACUUUAAUUCUUGGACAAAAUAAUUUCAAUGAGAGCAUUAUAUCAUCUCUUAAAUUUCUUCCAUCGCUUAAAAACUUGGAUCUCAGUGGGAAUGAGCUAUCUGGACCAUUUCCACCUCAAGAAUUAACUCAAAUGACUAGCUUGGAGAAGUUGGAUUUAAGUUCUAAUUGGCUCGAUAGCGCACCAAAUAUUCGAGGUUGUAAGAGCUUAUCAAGGUUGAAGAGUUUAAAGAGUAUAGCACUUGCAGAUAUUGAUUUCUAUGAUGGCAAGAGAAUCCUAUCAUGUUUGAAUGUCAUCCCAUUCCUCAAGAUUCUUGAUCUUAGUAGUUCUUUUUGGUUGAAAAGUCCUAUUCCCAUCCAAGCAUUGGCAUCUUUUCACAAUCUGGAGGUCUUAGAUUUGAGUUACAACAACUUUGUUGGAAGCAUCCCUUCAACAAUAAAGUUGUUAUAUUCUCUUAAGGUUAUCUCAUUCGCCAACAAUACACUCACUGGAUCCUUACUACCGGAUCAUGGGUUGUGUGAGUUGAAGAACCUCCAGGAGUUGGAUCUUAGUCGAAACAUGUUAACUGGAAACCUGCCUAAAUGUUUAAGCACAUUAUCGUCUCUUAAGUUAUUGGAUAUUUCUUCAAAUCAAUUCACGGGAAUGCCUGAUCGACCACUUAUUGCUAAUCUCACGGCUCUUGAGUAUAUUGAUUUCAGUCAUAACAACUUUGAAGGUUCAUUCUCAUUCAAUGCGUUCUCCAAUCUUAAAAACCUCACGGUUGUUAGGUUUAUAAGCGACAAUGGCAAAUUUGAGAUGGAAACAGAAGAUCCUGUAGGUUGGAUUCCACUUUUCCAGCUAAAAUUUCUGAUGUUACCUAAUUGCAAUAUAAACAGGCCUAAAGGAAGUGUUUUUCCUAGUUUUCUAAUUCAUCAAAACGAGUUACGCGUGUUAGACCUAUCUCACAACUCGUUGAAGGCACAUUUUCCAAAUUGGUUGAUUAACAAUAACCCCAUGCUAGAAGUUCUUAAUCUAAGGAACAAUUCACUUAGUGAUACUUUUAGUUUUCCAUUAUACGAGAAUGCGAAUGCAUGGUGGAUAGAUAUCUCUGCAAAUCACAUCAUUGGUACUAUUCCGAGUAGUAUACAAAAGUUUUCUCCUUAUAUAGCUCAUUUAAAUUUGUCCAGAAAUUCUUUAAGUGGUCCUAUCCCAUCUUCGGUUGGUGAUUUGAAUGAUUUAUUCGCGUUGGAUUUAUCCGAUAAUGAGUUAUCAGGAGAAGUACCAAAGGGAUUGUUUACAAAUACAUCUGCAUUGACUUUAUUACAUCUAUCAAACAAUAAAUUGUAUGGGGAGGUACUUUCAGGAAACCUAACUAUAGGAAGAAUCCAAAUGCUUCACCUAAAUGAUAACUAUUUCACAGGGAAAAUAGGAAAUGUCACCAACGAUCUCACCUUAUUGGAUAUUAGUAAUAACCUUUUCACAGGUGUUGUCCCUGUUUGGAUAAGCAACAUGGAGGACAGUUCUCAACUUCUGAUGAAUAAUAAUAUGUUGGAAGGCCAAUUUCCUUGUGGAACGGCUUCUUUCGAAUUUCUUGACAUCUCACAUAAUUUUUUCUCGGGGCCCAUCCCAACCUGCUUAAAUUUGCAAUAUGUGGAGCAUCUUCAUUUGGGUUCCAAUAGAUUUACUGGAUCUAUACCCAACUCCUUUCGUAAUUUGACGAAUGUUUUAACUAUGGACAUCGGCAACAAUUACUUAUCCGGAAGGAUCCCUAAAUAUUUUGGCGAACUACAUAACUUAAGGAUUCUUCUUAUGAGAGAAAAUAACUUUAGUGGUCAUAUUCCAAAGCAAUUAUGCCAACCGCGUGUUGUGAGUUUGUUAGAUUUAUCUGGUAACUCCCUUUCUGGUUCAAUUCCAAGCUGCUUAAAAAUUGUUACCGGUCCAAGUUACAUUGCUUUAGUACCUUCAUAUUGGUGGUCAUAUCCUAGGGACUUAUUCUACAGACAUGCAAGUGUUCUAGGUAAAGAGCUUUCUGUACACAAUGACCAAGAAGCAUUGGGAUCUCUUGAGGAAGUUCAUUUUACUACAAAAAGCAUGUCUAGGCCUUACAAAGGUAAUGUCCUUGAAUAUAUGACGGGUUUAGAUCUAUCAUGUAACAUGUUGACAGGUGAAAUCCCAAAGCAAAUAGGGUUAUUAAACCAGAUUCGCACUUUGAACUUGUCGAACAAUCACCUGUUUGGUCCGAUUCCAGUGAACUUCUCAAAUCUUGCGAGCAUAGAGAGCUUGGACCUUUCUUCAAAUAAUCUGAGUGGUGAUGUUCCAUCAGAAUUGAUUAACCUGCCAUUUCUAGCAGUUUUUAAUGUUUCGUAUAACAAUCUAUCAGGCAAACUGCCAGAGAUGAAAGGACAAUUUAGCACUUUCACCACUGCAAGCUAUGAAGGGAAUCCACUUCUAUGUGGACCUCCACUCGAGAAGAAAUGCACGUCUACAGCACCACCAAUGGGCGUUCCAUCAGCUAAAGAAGACAAUGACGAAUGGUAUGAUAUCGAUACGGUAUGGUUUGUUGCAAGUUUAGGUUCAACAUGGGUUGUUUUCUUGUUGGGAUUUGCUGGAGUUAUGUACACCAAUCCUCGUUGGCGUAGAAUGUGGUUUUGUUUCGUCGAAGAAUGUAUGUUUACAUUUUAUUAUUUCCUAAUUGAUUUGGUAAGUAGGCCCUCUGUGCUCUUAUUUAGACGAUAAAGGCAAAAUUCCUUAGAAUAUAUGUACCAUGUGAGUCCAAAUACCUGUAUUGUAUGAGUGAAUAUGUAAUUGUAUUUAAGUGAUAAAAAUUAUGUGUAAAACGGUUGAAAUUUGAAUGCAAUGUUUAAAACAUAAAAUUCAACUUUUGUAA